AUGUCGUGUCCCUUCUUUUUUGUCUCACGGCAACCUAAAGAUGGGUGUUCUCAAGUUCAGGUACAAACCGAUUUACACGAAAGUUUAAAGAAUAUAUCAGACCAAAUAAAAAAAGAUGGCGUUUACGUACCGGAGGUUUUGAGGCCUUUGCUGCGUUGUACCAUCGUUGAAACGGUUGUUGGACCUACACAUAUAGCUUUUCGACUUCAAGUAAUCAUUUAUCCACUAAAUUGCAUAAAAAAAUCUAGGAUGGACGUGUUUGCCGGGUCUCUUAUUCACUUCGCGCGGACAAACUGGCAAGCAAUAAUGACAAAAGACUUCUUUAGACGAGGUCGUUCUUCUGAUUCAAGAUCUGAAUCUUUAUACAACCGGGAUGCUAACUCUGGAUCGAUUCGUGUUCCUGGAGCUUCUGUAGCACUUCGGACUUUACGCACACCCAUGAGUGUUUUGGGAAGGAGUGCCAGGUCCCUUAGUCUUUUUCGAGAAAUGCAGCGGCAGGGAAUAUACUUAGCGCGGCCACUAAGCUCACAAAUACCCGCUUCUGACGUUCCAGAGAACCUCAUUGAACAAUGCCAAACAGUUCUGCAGGGGAAAUCUAGACAAUUGAUUAUCAGAGAACUUCAACGAACUAAUUUGGAUGUUAAUAUGGCAGUUAAUAAUUUGCUCUCACGGGAUGACGAAGCGGACCUUGGGGCGUCAUCUGGUACAGUUAGUAUUGGUGAAGAUUGGGAGGACGAAGCCGAAGAUCUGUUUUCCCUGUUUGAGCAUCCGGAGCGCCACCUGCUCUUGGACGGUGAAUCCGGUUUUACUGAUGACCUCAUUGAUCGACCUUCGUCGCCUAGGUUUCGCAGGGAACUUUCUAUCGACUACGGUAAACACUUAUAUUCCAUUUCAUCACAUACGAUAGAUCGGAGUCUCGGGGAUCACGCCGCCUACACCGAUCGGAGAAAGCGUCGAAGACUCGAUACCCACGCUUAUUUGCGAAACUCUGAAGCAUACAGUGGUCGGUCUGCUGAGUCGCGUCGAUUUUGGCGCAGUGUAGGACUCCCUUCUGAUGACAAGGGCAUCCGUCAAGACGAAGACGCUUUUGAAACCACAAAUACCGGAAAGAAUAACGAAAAUAAUGUUCAACUUGGUGACAACCUGGAAUUUUGGCCCACAAAUUCAGCCGAAUCGGUUGGUUGCCACUUUGUCAGCAUCGCUGCUCUGUAUACUGAACUGGUAGCCGUAAACAGUCAAGGCGAGCUUCACCAAUGGAAGUGGCAGAGUUCUGAACCUUUUAAUCCUCAUAGUAGCAAUUCUCCACCUUUCAACUUAAUGGACCAAUCAGAGUCGGGAGCAGCGCUCGUGAAUCAUCGCCACCCCCGUGCAUCGAGCUUGGGAAUCGCGCAUGAAAAGGUAGUUUCUCUCUCGGGUUGUAUCACCCGCGCGUCGAUUAUGACAGCCACCGGGGCAAUCGCGUCAUGGAUGGACGAGGUAUUGCCUUGUCUCCUCCAGUCGGCUGCCUCUGCACCUGCCGCCGCCGCUGCUGCCACCUCCGCUCUCAUGCGCCUUGAACACCCGGCAAUGCACUUUGGCGAGUUGAAGGCGGAGACUGUCACUCGUGUCCUCACCGCACCCCUAAUUACUGUGGUGCAAUGCGCCUCUGGGGCAGUUUUCUGGUGGGGCGUUCUCCCCUCGUACAUCCGGCAACGCAACGCCGAGAAACAAAAGCACCCCAUCUCGCCUGUCACGAGUACUUCAACUGCGGCAAACACAAGUAUCACCUCCACUACCCGUCACCGAGUCACGAGUAGUGGGUCUGAUGUUGGCUCGAAGACCACCUCCACUACCGCCACCGCCGCCACAUUUUCCCUCGGUCCUGGCGACCUAGUCUGCAUGAAAAAUGCUCCUGUUUUCCAUGCCGGUGCGAUAGGCUUUACUCUGGUGAACGGCGUACCGAAGGUGGGUGUGCUGCUGGAAGACGCGUGGAAGCUCACAGACGUGUGCCGUUUCCGUGUGAAGUCGCCAUCUGCAAUCGGCAGUGGCACGACAAAAAAUCCACUCCAGUCCGCGACAAUUACCAUUGCAACGCCUUCCGAAGCCGUCCACGCUCUCACUUGUCCCUAUGCUCAGGCAGCAGCAGCGGCUCAGGCUGCUGCCCAAACCGAGCCUGAUCCCCCUCCCGUGGACUCAGGGGCUCUUGAGAUGCCUCCCCCACCGUCACCUGCUUCUUCCACGUGCUCUGACCAAUCAGGCCCCGUCAAAGUCAGUCCUGGUACAUUCAAGCGAAAGAAAGCACCAAGUACAUCAAGUGAUGGUGGUGGCGGCGGGGGCAGUGCUAGUGCUGCCUCGAGCGUUAGCCGUCGCCAAGUGGAAUCUGACCAGUGCACAAAGUCGCAGAAGCAGACUUCGAAGGCGUCGCACCACGACGAAGAGAUCGAGGACUGGUGUUUGAACGAGGUCGUCUUCGUAGAGGACGGCAGAACUCAACCAGUUGGCGUGCUGCUUAAGGUCGAUGGUGCGAUUGCGGCGGUCAAAUUUCUCAAGGAGCAGGACCGCGCCUGUCUUGCUGCGCGUUGCCCUGCUGCUCCUGUCUGCCUUUUCAUCAACCAGAUCACAAAAAGUACCGGCCAGAAGUCAUCAACAAGUUCGGCUAGUCUCCCAUUGACUCCGCAUGAUCCCAUGUCCUGGCUGAACGAUUGUCGCCUUUUGAAGAAGGACGAUUUGAUGCUGGUGAAACAACCGAUCGGUGGAGGAUUGCCUCAGCGUGUUCCCGAUUUCGUUCAACACAGUCCGCGUAAUGUGCCAUUCUCGUUCCUCGGCAACUCAACAGCCGCUGCCAAGCAGAACCACGAGACCUCGAACGUCGCUGCGCCGCGAAAGCGCAUAAUUGCCUUGGCCCCGGAGAAUUGUCGACUACACGCAAUCGUGGAUCGGAUGCUGGCGUCUGAGGGUGGUCAGCUACGCGGCCUGGAGUACCACGUCUUCACACUGAAUGGAAAAACAGUUUCUUCGCGGCGUCUGCCUGCUCUCUCAAAGGCCCCACCUAGUGACGGUGAUAGCUCUUUCUACUCCCAUCUAACACUCACCUGCCCUGCCGAGCGUCCUCUCUUGGUGCGGGACUCCAAUGGUGUGGUUUUUCCCUUCCUUCCACCCUCCCGUCCAGGUCAGGAGUCCUGGGUGUUUCCGUCGUGGCUGGGCCUGCCUCCGGUGCAGUGCGCCGCGCUCGCCUGGAUCAGUCCGCCCGCGCGCCACGCCUCCGUUCCACUUCGCGCGCAACGCGACGGCGACGCACCUGCACCGCCUGCCGUGUCACGACCUGACAAAAACUCCGUCUCCGCCUCGUCUUCCGCCAGACAACCACAUCCGGGCCCUCGGAUACUUCUUGGAGUUGUUGUGAUCGCGGAAACUAGUCUCCUCCAGCACAUCCUUCGUGCCGAUGAGACCAAAGUCGAGGAAACACUACGGUCAUUGAACGGAGCUCCGCCUGAUCGCGCACAGGUGGUGCUAAGCGAAAUGGCCGAUGGACACCGGUCAGUUCUUCACAUGGCCGUGCUAAUGUGCGCUCCAACGAGCCGCGAAACUCCGGAGUUGGCUCAGCGCCUGGAAGGCAUCCUCAAACAGGACUCUGCUUCCUCGUCAUCCGCCGCCGCUGAUGGCAGCGGAUGGACCACCAUAGCUCCGUCAUCACCUCCGCCUCCGCCUCCUCCUAGAUCGCUUCAUUCCCUCCUCAAUCUGAGCGCCACUAGUGGCUCCAGAUCAGCUGCGGCCGGUGGUGUCUCCUCGGGUCUAACAGUUCAUGAUCUAUUCAUCCGCUCACCCCUUGAAGCAGCCGGCGCAGCAGCUUCCACAGCUCCCACCAUUCCCGCGGGUGGCGCAUCGGACGCCGCACCGCCGUCCUUAGGUGGCGGCAGCGGUCAUUUCUGUCAUUUGCCGCCUCUCAGCGGUACCACCGACGAGGUGUCCCGCCGUCUCGCCUCCCACCGCAUCCUCCGUGCCCUCUUGCUUCACCCGCGUCUGCGUCCCUUCAUGUCGCGGCUUCUCGCCGGCCUCUCGGACGACGGAUUGACGCCCUUCAUGCUAGCUGUCCAAUGCAAAGCCUACCAGGUGGCCAAUUUCCUUCUCGACUACCUCUGCGACUUGGAGGGAAUACGUUGCGAUGGAAGCGAGGAGGUCAACCACCAGUUUCGUUACUCUCGUCUCAUGCCUUACAUCUACCCUCCCUCUGCUCGCCUCGACGACUCACCGCUCUUCACCCUCUGCUACAACGACAACUGUAGCUUCACGUGGACCGGUCCGAACCACAUCCGCCAGGACAUCUUCGAGUGCCGCACCUGCGGUCUCAUGGACUCCCUUUGCUGCUGUUCGGAGUGCGCAAGGGUCUGUCACAAGGGCCACGACUGCCGCCUGAAGCGCACCUCACCCACCGCCUACUGCGAUUGCUGGGAGAAGUGCCGUUGUCGCAGUCUCGUGUUGGGUCACCAGGCUUCUCGUCUGAGCCUCUUCCAGAGACUCCUCCUCUUCACCGACCUCGUCUACCUUCCCAACAGGUCUAAUGAACACUUGAUGGUGUACUUGACACGUUGUGUUGAGAGGCAGACGCGGGAGCAGAAGCAGUACAAGUCUUCUCGCAGGCGUGGUGGAGGCGGCGAAAGAGUGAGCCUUGCAUCGAAUUUGGCCUCACGCGUCGCCCUAGCAACCGGCGAGGCUGCCUCGUCUUUGACCCGAGGUGGCGGCGGUGGUGGUGGAAAUGUGACCUCAUUGGACGAACCUGAGCACGAUUUGGAACCGCCAACAUUUUCAAGGGAUGCGCUAGAGCUGGUGUUGGAUUCCAGACCCGCAGCGGCUAGUUUGUUGUGUGAUAGCAAGAGCACCUUCGCAUCGGAGCCAUUCACAAGAUUUGCCGAUAGGAAGGGCAAGUCUGCAGGAUAUUCUGUAAUGGCGAUUCAAUCGGGCACGUCUCAGCUCGACGACUUCGUCUUCACCCUGCUUUGCAAAUGCCCGCCCGAGUUCCUCGUGCGUCUGGUCAACACCCUGGCGUGCAGUCUCUCCGACCACCUGAUGGCCGAUCGGGGCCUGAAGCGUCUUCUUGCCCUCUGUUUGCACGACGGCCCCGUCGACAACACCGACGCAUACUUCUACUGCCAACGUGGUGUGGCUCGGUUCAUCCGGUCUGUCGCCCGCGUCUACACCAGUCUUGUUCUUGAACUCACUCCAGACCACUACAAAAGGAAGUCGCGACUGACGUCGCAGGUGCAGCCCCUGGAGUUGUCGCGCUUUGUCUUCUUCCACCUCGCUCCAGUCGCGCUGCCCGAGCUCACCCGGCUGGCCGUCAACGUCCUCGCUCCUGUGCGCACCGGCGCGCUCCGCUCCACCGCCCUCUUCAACCUCACCUCCCAGCAAAGCGAAGCUAUCCACGGCUUCGAUCAAGUGCUUGCUGCCGAGAGGACCUCCUCUUUGCGUCGCCAAACUCUAACUUCUGCAAGCGCUGCUUCGGCGAAUAAUUCUGUCUCCGGGGGCGGGGGAGGCUGUUUUGACUGCCCGAAUUCCGUGGUACGGCGUCUCAUGUAUGGCUGCGAUUCGGCGGGUUCAGGCACACUGCUGCCAAGUUGGUGUGUUCUGGAACAACAAACCUCCGCGUCCAGGCACCCAAAGCCCCCUGAAGGUGACAAGUUGAGUUCCACUUCGGAUAUUGCCGCUUUUACCCUGGAUGAACCGAUGGAUAUCGAUAGUGCCAGCCAGGAUCCGGCCCCGCGCGUCACAGACCUUCCUAGACGUCGCCGUCGUCACAGCCAAGGUAGUGGCAGUGGAGGCGGGAAUCGUCAGAGCCCGUCACCCAAACGCCGCCGCCGCCGUCGUCGCCGAAAUCGACGUAAUCACGGAAACAGUGAUCAAUCACCUUCCCAUCAGCCGGCGCCUCAGGCGACCCCCGUCAUUGUCGUUGAACAAUCUGCAACCACCACUUCAACCGCUUCGUCUGACCCUUUUGCCGAGAUGCAGAUCCUGUCCACAGCUGGCGGUGACUCGGACACUGACGCAGACGUCCGAAGCAAUGAGUUGGACAGCAAUACUACCACUGUUGCGGCUGCAUCCAAUCAGACGGCGGAGGAGGAAGAAGAGUAUAGUGGUACUGAGUCGGAAGAAGAGGGCGAUUCUGAUGUUGGUACGCACUCCGUCGCCAGUAGCGGUGGCGGCAGAACGUUGCUUCUUCGUCAACCCCCACAAAUUGAGGCUUCUGGAUCGCAGCACAGCUCCGUGAGCAGCACGGCGGCUACUGCCGGCACUGCCGGAAGCAUUAUAAUGGAUAUGGAGAGUUCUCUCGUUGCAAGUACCUCUGGCAAUGCAAACACUUCGCAACAGGAGUUUAUCACUACUUAUCCACCAGAGCAGUCUCUUCCUGGUGAACAGCAAUCGGUAACCGCGGAGAACACCGCACUGGAUGAUGACACGAUGGUUGCUACAAUGUUCUGCGCCAGCGAUGAUGAAGAAGAGGCGGAAGUGGGGGAAAAUGACGAAAACGACCUUGAUGAAACUCUGCCCAUCUCGGAGCUUGGUUUGGAAGAGGAGAUUGAUCGUGGUAGCCGUCUUCACCCUCAGAAUGAGGAAGAUGACGUCAGCGACGAGGAUGAGGAGGAGAUUGAUGAUGAUGAAGAUGUUGGAGUAGAGGAAGAAGAAGACUCAGAAGAUGACGGUGGCGAUUCAGAGGAUGACGAAGAGGAAGAUGAAGACGAGGAGGAGGACGAUGAAGAUGAAACGGAAGAAGAGGAAGAGGACGAAAGAGAAAGACAAGAGGAGAAAGACGACGAAGAAGAGGAUGAACCCUAUUCCCCGGAGAGCGAGCCUAGCCCUCCUCCAUCUCCGCCGUCGUCACCAUGGACACGUCUUCCUGUGAGUUCGUCGGCAACCCCAGCGACGGUAUCGACUGAUGAUGUGACACCACAAACGACGACAACGGCGGCGACGGCAACCACCUCAACGGCGCCCCCCGUUGCGAGGGGUUUCUCGGCCUCCGCGUCUACCUCCACGCUGGCUGGAAUCGCUCACCUCUACGCCGCGGCACUCUCCUCUUCUUCCGAGAGACGCGGCUCCGGGCGCAAUUCGACGCUGCCUUCGCGAUACGCCUUGGCUGGAAUGAACCUGCUGAGUGCCCCCCUCUCGCCACCGCGCUCCACGUCUGGCAACACAAACAACAGCUCCACCAACGCCGCGGCCACAACCACGACCAACGCCAUCAGCGGCGUCACUCCGGCAACUGGUAGCGCGCCUGUCCCCACCACCACGGAAACCACUGGCGGAGCUACCGAGGGGUCUGACGGGAAGAAGUGUGGAAUCCACGUGACACAGGUCCAUCUGAGCCGGGCGUUCGCCUGCCUCCUGCGUCUGAUUGCUGACGUCAUGGUGGACCUCGUUCACCAGGGUGGUGACAUCGAAAAUGGCUGCAGCAUUUCCGCCUCGCUGGCGCCUGGCGACCUGCGUCGCUGCUUCUCCGCUCCUGUUCUGCUCAACUCCGCCUUGGUGACACCUCUGAACCGUCAGCUGAACGCCAUCAACCGCACUGGCCAGUUCAUCACCCCGUUUCCGCCCACCAUGGCCGCGCGGAUCCCCGAUACGGUGGAGCAGGCGACCGUCUGUGCCGCCGCGGGCUUCAUCCUUGCCCCCAUCUGGGCCUGGCUCGUCGGUGCUCUCGACAGUCUGGAGGCGCGUCUUCGUUGCCGGGCACGCUGGACGUCAAAACACGCAGCUACUAAGCCCAGUAGUUCCACACCCACCGACUCGACUGCAUCGUCUCUGCCGGGUCGUCGUAAGGACGCAAAAUCUGACCGCACUGGAACUGCCAGCGGAUCGGGGUUCCAGCAAUCACCCUUAGAGGGUAAUGAAUCAGCUCCAGCAGGCGGCAGCGGCAGUAACUCCUCCAACCGACAGCACCUCCUUGCCUACCUGCUUUCGGUGAUGCGCACCGCAACCAACGACCACGGCGACGCCAUUCCCCCGGUCGACGUGGCCAGCCACAAACACACCGCUUACCUCAUCGACGCCUUCUUGUACUUCUUUAAGGUCUCGUCUGUGCAAUUUGCUAUCCUUGUGCUCGAGUUUAUCAGUUUGUCAAAUUUAAACGUAUUCGAAAGCACCUGGCCUGCUGGUCUCGUGCACCACCUGAUCCACCUACGCGAUGGCAGUGAAGAGGACGACGACGAGGUGGGGGAGGAGGCGGAGCGUGAGGUGCAUCGGUCGCCCAGACUCUUCCACGGUCGUCCAUUGGCCGGACGCAAUGACGCCUACUUUCGUCGAUCGGCCAGCACCCUGUCACUAGCCGGCGCCGGGCUAGACCCCGUUCUCUCUCCUGUUGCAGACGCGUUACCGCUGGCUGUGGCCCCGCACCAACUGCAACCCAACUCCCGUCGUUCUGAGCUGUUCGGCAUCACCAGAGAUAUCCACUCCGAUGUUUUCGACCUGCUGCCAUCUCGACCUCACGAAAAAGACGGUGGCCACAACGACGAGGCGAGUAGUGGCAAGGCUGUGCACUACAGCCGAAUCGGGAAACUCUUCAAGGACUCGAGCAUCGGUCGUCAGAUUGUCUGGGGCGGAGAGUUCCUCGACGUGUGCGGUCACGCCGGUUUGGUGUUGUCGCGUUGGUGUACUGCUCUCGACGCCUUCACCCGUGCCUUCCCCGAGGACGUCGGUGCCGAGCAUCGCAGCUACAUGGUCGAGUUGGCUCGCUUUCCAGAAAAGGAGGCGCGCUUCCGCAAGGAGAUGGAACGCCUCCGCAAUGCUUCACGACGUGAUCUCACCCUUGAGGUAGCUCUCACUCCUCAUGGUUGUCCUAUGUGGUCUUGUCUGCGCCUUGUCAAGAUGGCGAUAGUGGAACGCGAACCAAAUGCUCUCCUCAUAUCUACAGUGCGUCAAUUGAAUGCCGAGUUUAGUCAUCGAUUUAAUAUGUCCCCAGCAACGCCGUUCUUCGUAACGAAAGGAGCACCUAACCAAAGCGCAGCCAGAUCCAUGCGUGCCUCCAUGGGUCCGUCGACGUCGUCCGCGGCGUCUUCGCAGCCGCCGAACCUCUCACCAGGCGGAGCGGCCAUCCUUGCCUGCCACCGGUUGAAGGUCACCUUCAAGGACGAGCCGGGCGAGGGAUCUGGAGUUGCGCGGUCGUUUAUCACCGCCUUCUCCGAGGCGGUCCUCACCAAUCUCCCUCUGCCUGACCUCUCUCCCCUCAUGAUCUCCGUCCCCACAUCGUGCGUGACCUCCUCCAGUGCUGUCCUAGUUGAAAAGGCUGAACCCGUCGUUGUUGAUUUUACUUGCGCAGAUGAUGUCAUGCCACCGUCAUCUUUGGCCGGUGACUACCAUAUGGCAGCGACGUCACGUUUGCUAAUACGUCUCGGUUUGCCGCAAACGCUCCCUUCUACCCCACCCUCUACCACUACCUCCACCACAACCACUGCCGCCGCCGCCUCAUCUUCCAGUCGACCGCUUCUGCCCCGUCGAAGUGAUUCCUCCAUCACAGUCUCGCGUGCACUCUUCCGCACACCCGUCACCACCUCCUCCAUUUCCUUCAACCUCUCCACUCCGACCGCUCCACCCGCCAGUGUUGAAGGCGAGGCCCCAGUGGCGUUGCCAUCUUCUGACGUCGACGCGUCGGACAUUGCACCUGAGCUUCGGGGUAAUGCCGCUUCCAGUGAUGGCAAUGCCGCUGGCACGCCCGCGUCGAAUGUACCGAGCUUCGAGGGCACCAAAGUUCCUGAAAACAGCAACAGCGUCGCCGGCAGCAACAGCAGCAGCGGUGGUGGCGGGAGUGAGUCGGCCGAGCGGGCGCCCCUCUUCUGGCAGCCCGGAUUGGCUGGCUUCUAUUCGCCUCGUGCCACCAACUUCUUGUCUAGCAUGGAUUACUUUUUGCAAUUUGUCAUGACCACUGCCUCGGUUUCUGUUUGCAGCUGUGUUGGACGCGUGAUCGGUCUGUGUCUCCUCUUCAACGAGACCUGCCCUUUGCGCUUCAAUCGUCACGUUCUCAAGUACAUUCUGGGUCGUCCUCUGUGUUGGCACGACUUUGCGUUCUACAACACCACCGUCUACGAGGGCCUAAGGCAACUCCUCCUCUACACCACCUCAACGCGACCUGAUGGGGAGUCAGAUUCCAUUCGUGACUACAACCUGACCUUUUCAUUGAUGAUGGCUCCCGAGGAGGGGGGUAGUAGUGGUGCCUCGGGACCCCAACAACACCCAUUGGCUCCAGGUGGCGAGGAAAUCGAUGUCGAUUCUGAGAAAAUCUACGAGUUCGUCAAACGCUACACCGAAUUCAAGAUGUGGGAGGUGAUCAAGGAGCCGCUGGAGCAACUGCGUCUUGGUGUCUUCGAUAUGUUGCCGACGAACGCACUGGACGGCCUGACUGCGGAAGAUCUGCGACUCCUUCUAAACGGAAUCUGGGACGUCGACGUGGACUUGUUGGUGAGCUACACAACCUUCCUGGACGAAUCUGGAUGCAGCAGCAGUAGUGGUGUUGCAGGCGAUGGACAACCGUCCGGAACUGAUGGCGCUGACCCUGCGUCGUCGCCCACAGCAACCGAACGAGUUGCCCGCCUGAAACGGUGGUUCUGGCACGUCGUUCGCGGCAUGGACACGCGCCAGCGACAGGAUCUGCUCUACUUUUGGACGUCGUCGCCGGCACUGCCAGCUAGCGCUCAGGGCUUCGCUCCGAUGCCGACUAUAAUGAUUCGUCCGGCCGAUGACCAGCACCUGCCCACGGCCAACACGUGUAUCUCGCGUCUCUACCUGCCUCUCUACUCCUCGAAGCAGGUUCUCCGCGAGAAACUGCUUCAAGCCAUCGAGACACGUAGCUUCGGUUUCGUCUGA